AUGAGGGUGAAUGACGCUAUAUUAAUGUUGGUGUCCGAGUGCCAACCCCAGUGGCGUAAUCUGCCACAGGUGCCUCAAGCUUCAGUCUUCCAGCAAAGUGAACAACAAGGAGGGAUUCCAGCCCGGAGUUAUCAAGCUCUUGCAUUUCAGCCAAGUGAUCAACAGUUUCUGACUCAACAGGCUCUGCAACAGCAGACUCUACGACAAGGGGGAAAUCCAGUCCAGAAUCCUCAAGCCCUUGUAUUCCAGUCAAGUGGUCAGCAACCGCAAACUCAAACUCAUUGGUGGGGUCCAGCCCAGAAUCUUCAAGUUUCAGCCCUCCAGCAGACUCCACAACAGUUUUCUCCGGCAUUUCCCCCCAAGCAGCCUGUGGCACAGGCCAAGCCUCUUGACAAGUGUGCUGUAGCUGAUUAUGAGCAGAUCCAAUGUGGAAAACCUGGUAUUAGUGCUGUUGAGUGUGAAGCUAUAAACUGCUGCUUUAUGGGAAAGCAGGUAAGUGUGUUGAGCCAAUUGACUGUCCAGUGUAUUCAAGAUGGCCAGUUUGUAGUUGUGGUUGCUAGAGAUGUUACACUGCCUUCACUAAGUCUGGAUACGGUCCGUCUGUUGGGUGGAAAUGACCCACCUUGCUCUCCAGUUGGGUCCACGCCUUCCUUUGCCAUUUACCAAUUCCCUGUCACUGCUUGUGGCACAAGCAUGAUGGAGGACAAUGGAUAUGUGGUGUAUGAGAACAGAAUUACUUCAUCCUACGAAGUUGGGAUUGGACAACUUGGUUCCAUCACAAGGGACAGUCACUUUGAGCUUCUCUUCCAGUGCAGGUUUUCUGGCACUGCUGUUCAAGCUCUGGUUCUGGAGGUUAACACCAUUCCUCCACCACCACCUGUAGCCGCUCCUGGGCCCCUCAGAGUGGAGCUUCGCCUGGCAAAUGGACAAUGUGUCACUAAAGGAUGUGCAGAAGAGGAUGCUGCGUACACGUCCUACUACAGUGACUCUGAUUACCCAAUUAUAAAAGUCCUACGACAACCGGUGUAUGUUGAGGUGCACCUUUUGGAGAGGACUGACCCCAAUAUUGUCCUGAUGCUGGGACAUUGCUGGGUGACAUCAACCCCUGAUCCACUCAGCCUACCUCAGUGGGACCUUCUAGUUAAUGGAUGCCCUUACCAAGAUGACCGUUACCUGACCACACUGCUUCCUGUGGAUGGCUCCUCUGGUCUUCAGUUCCCAACCCACUACAAGCGCUUUAUUGUGAAGAUGUUCACGUUUGUGGAUCCAGCAUCAGUAGCUCCUCUGCAGGGAAUGGUCUUCAUCCACUGUAGUACAUCAGUGUGCCAUCCCUAUUCAUCUGGCUCGUGUGAGCAGAGCUGCAUCAGGCAAAAAAGAGAUGUUGGUGAGACUGUUGACGAGGCUGUUGUUUCCAGUGGAGGCAUUUUCUUUAUGUAA